AUGGACAUAGAUGAGAAGGUCUCGGGGCCCGGUGGGGCCUCGCAAAAGAACUGGUCUCAUCCGAAUGCCAGCGAUGAGUUACCUCUGGACAUGAGGUUCAACCAUGGCCAUAUGGUGUCAAUGACAGUGUACAGUGUGUUGAUGCUGAUCUCAGCGACUGGGAAUCUGACAGUUCUAUCGCAAUUGAUGAAGAGGAAGCGAGCGGGGAGAGCAAGUAGACUUGAUGUUCUAUUGAUGCAUUUAGCGGUUGCUGACCUUAUGGUGACAUUCCUUAUGAUGCCGCUGGAGAUCGCGUGGGCGGGCACCGUGCAGUGGAUGGCAGGGGAUCUGAUGUGCAGAGUCAUGAUGUUCACCAGGACCUUCGGACUGUACCUCUCCAGCUUCGUGCUUAUCUGUAUAGCUGUUGAUAGAUACUACGCCAUAUUAAAGCCUUUGAACGUGACAUGGGAGGCGCGCGUGCGCAGAGCGCUGAUUAUCGCGUGGGUGUGCGCCGGCCUCGCCAGCCUGCCGCAGAGCUUCAUAUUCCACGUAGAGGAGCAUCCUGAUGUUAAGGGGUACUACCAGUGCGUGUCGUACGGGUCGUUGCCGACGGAGUGCCACGAGUUUGCGUACUUCUUAGUGAACAUGAUCCUCAUGUACGUCAUCCCACUGCUGUCCACGCUGUACUGCUCCUCGGCAGCUUUGUUGGAAAUCAUUCGGAGAUCUAACACUUCUAAUGAUAAGAUGCGACGGAGCGGCGUGGGUAUACUCGGGCGGGCGCGAGCUCGGACACUCAAGAUGACAGUCACUAUAGUUCUAGUCUUUUUUACAUGUUGGUCACCCUACUACUGUUAUUGUUUGUGGUACUGGAUCGACAAAGAAUCUCUAAAGAGUUUGGAUCCAGUGAUUCAGAAGGCGAUGUGGUUGUUCUCAUGUACAAACUCAUGCGCCAACCCUAUCGUAUACGGCGUGUUCAACCGAAACCGGUGGUCGUGGCGCGCGGGACGGGUGAGUUACUUCAACGUCCGAUGUAGAAGCGGCAGUAUGAGACGUGGUUCAAGACUCCCCUACGGCGAAUCGAUGGAGAUUUCAGCAGCAACGCUUGCCAGAGCCAGGAACUCUAUGGGAAGCGAGCGCAACGGCCGACGGGACUCAUAUAAUGCACAAAAUGGGUCACAGAAACAUUGGAACACAAUAAAUAAUAAUCAUGUCGGUAACGGCAUGGUAUAG